UUAGCCAAUGUUUUUUACACAGCCGUAUUUUGACUUCUCUCUGAGCCGACACCGUAGUCCGAACUACUCGUCUCUGGAGACGAGACACAUAAAUUCACCACAAUUCGCCGGACCGGAAAUUCUCUCUUGGAAAAUUCCCAAACCAAAAACCCUGAUACUCGGACAACUCUUGCGCUUCAGCUUAUGGAUAACAACUAUGAUCAGCCGCUCCCUCCUGGAGUUCAAUCCCUUCCAAUUUCUUCACCAUUCUCUGCUUCUUUGAAUCCUUCCACCCAGCAUCCUCCUCAUCCAUUUCAAGUCUAUGACAAACCUCACUACAAUGCUCAUUUUUCUCAAAAUCAUCUGUUUCCCGUUCCAACUUCCCAUGCAGCCUAUUUUCCCCCCUCUCAAAGCUUCUAUCCACAUGUUAGGCCAUCCACUCAUUUUGAUCAUGCUCCACAUGCCCCUCAGUUAUCAUAUCCAACCCAAAAUCACUUUCAGAAUAGCAACUAUUUUCAACCUGGCAUCCCAACCCCUCAACCCUUCAGACAGGAUAUUGGGAUUGUGCACGGGUCAGUGCAGCCUGAUGUGAAAUGUGAUGGUUCUCAGCUGUGCACAGAAGAAAGUCUUCUAAGUGAUGGUGACAAAAGUUUGCUUCAGUUAGCUGAUUCCAACAUCUCCACCAAACAGGAAAAGGAACCAGAUGCUUCUGAGCAACAAGUAAAGUUUAGCAAUAUAAAUCAGGGGACCCAAUCUGGAGAACUUGGGUGUUCUGUACCAUUGGUUGCUCCUCAAGAUGGUCCUGAUGCGUCUGCCAGCUACCCGAGGCUACAUUUGGAAAGUGCCAGCAGCAUUGAAGCUUCUGCUCAGGAUGCUGUGUUACAUGAACAGGAAAUUGCCACCCAGAAAAUUAUUCAAAGCCAAAGACAUGCAAGAGGUGCAAGUGGACCACCUGAGGAUGAUACAGACAUCUUCUCAGGACGUCUUGACCCGAAUUCUCUAAAGGAGCAUCUAUUGAAGAUGACCACAGAGCACCGUGCAGAAAUGGCCCUGAAGCGUGGCAGAUCUACCAUCCCUGAUGAAGGCAAUGUGGACAUUGGCAAUGGAUAUGGUGUACCAGGUGGGGGUGCUUAUUCUAGUGCUCCAAGGCCUUAUACUGUUACCCCCAUUGAUGGGCAUGAAACAGGCAAGGAAAUCCCUGUGGUUGAUGGAGAGUUGGGACAGAGGGCUGCUGCCAAGGAGUUGCCUGAGUACCUAAAACAGAAGUUGAGAGCAAGGGGUAUUCUAAAAGCUGAGCUGGCUAAAGAGGGUUCUGCUAUGACUGAUAAUAAGUCAGAGACUCCAUCAACCCAAACCAUAGCACUUGGGGAGUUGCCUCUUGGAUGGGUGAGUGUUGAGGUAAAGGACCCUGCAAGCGGUGUGCCAUAUUAUUACAAUGAAAGUUCUGGGAAAAGUCAGUGGGAAAGACCUGUUGAGACAGGUAGUAGCUUAAAGCCUCUGCCACCUUUAUCACUUCCAGAAGAUUGGCAGGAGGUAUUGGAUGAAACGUCAGGUCACAAAUAUUACUACAACACAAAAACCAAUGUAUCACAAUGGGAGCACCCUAAGUCAUCACAGCAGGAUGACUCACAACAUUCUGACAGCAUUGAUUCCAAAGAUGCAGCUAAUGGGAUUUGGAGUGAUCAGUUAUCCAUGCUAACCAAAUGCAUGGGGUGCGGUGGUUGGGGAGUAGACCUUGUGCAGUUGUGGGGUUACUGCAAUCAUUGUACACGAGUUCUCAAUCUUCCUGAAAGCAAAUUCUUGUCAGCUAGUAUAGAAAACCAACAGCGGACCACUAAUUCUGCAAAUUCUAAUGAAGAUUCAGAGAAGAGGUUUUCCAAGCAGAGGUCCAGUUUGAAACCCCCUAUUGGAAAAGGCAAAAGAAGCAAGAAGCGUGACUACGACGACGAUGAUGAGUUGGAUCCCAUGGAUCCAAGCUCUUACUCAGAUGCCCCUCGCGGUGGCUGGGUUGUAGGCCUGAAAGGAGUACAGCCACGAGCAGCAGAUACCACUGCCACGGGUCCUCUCUUUCAGCAGCGCCCUUAUCCGUCCCCUGGAGCUGUCUUGCGAAAAAAUGCUGAAAUUGCUUCACAGAAGAAGAAACCCAAGUCCCACUUUGCCCCUAUAUCCAAGAAAGGGGAUGGGAGUGAUGGACUUGGUGAUGCUGACUGAAUGAGGUGAACCAUGUGAUAUCAAUGGGGUAAAUUUCAACUAUGCAAAUGCUGUUUCAGUCAAGUGGUUGAUCCAGUUAAAGUGAGCAAUUCCGAGGUUGAAUAGCGUAUGUUUAGUGAGGGGCAAGAGUUCAAGACAAGUGCUUGAAGAGUAAGAGAUAUAUACCAGGGCACACAUCUUCAGUUCUGGGUGGAAUUAUAAACCUUGUUCUCUAUCUUCUCAUUUUAACGGGCAGAGAUUAUAGAAAACUGUCAAUAGGUAAAGGAGUCCGUAAAUUUUUGUUCCCAUCACUAUCAAAAAAUACAUUAGCUUGCAAAUUUUUUUAUAGUUUAACGGGGAAUUUGGAUUUAUUGUGGAAAAAGAGAAAUUCCAUCGCGUUUCUAAAGCAAUGACUACCUUAUGCAACACUUGUCUAUAGACUGAGUAGAAAAAUUUGUGAUAUUUUAUGAUCUGUCAACAUGUAAAUCUUUUUGACUCAAUACAUAAUUUUGUUGAGAGA